AUGCAGUCACAAGUUCUAUAUUCGAGUUAUCACCAUGAUCGCUUGCUUCCUGUUGAAUACAAGACUCAUUUUAUGAGGAAUGAUUCAGUGUCAUCAGAUAGCAGUUGCAAUCAAAAUAGUAUUAAAUAUUCUCAGAGCAGCGUAUCAGAUGUUACUUCAGAUGAUGACAGUUCAACUGGUGAAAAUAAUUUGUUAAAGGGAGCAGAAAUAAAUGGAGUAAUGUAUCGCAAAGAAAACAGUGAUGAAGAACUGGCGGAGUGUAUAGAAGCCAGUGAAGAAAUCGAAACCCAUCACACCGCUGCAAUAUAUAAUAUUUAUUCUAACUGGUCUAACAGUUUGGACGACUAUGGUUUAGUCGAAGGACGUGAUUACGACGUUAUUAUCGAGUAUACGACUAACCCUAAUUCGAGUGCAAAGGCCCCUGUACCGUCGAAAUUUUCUAAACAUCUAUCACCUACCGAAAUUGAUCAACAAAACAAGAAAAACUAUUCUGAGAUGCUCAAAAGUGCUUGUACAGCAAAUGACAAUUGUAACCAAAAUAGUAGUGAAACCCUUAAAAUGAUAAUUAGGAACAAGUCUGAAGUCAUAUUAAACUGUGAUUCUCAGACAGAAAAUAAACAAGAAUUGUCAAUAGCCAAAGUAACGGCACCCAAACCUAAGAAGAGGUCUUUCGACGAUAAUCUUGAAAAAUGUAUGGCAUCAAUUCAGAAGGAUGAACAAGAAAGAAAUAAAAAUAAGAUAAGUAGAAAAGUUAACAGUGAUAUAAUGAAAAUAAAUAUUAAAGAGCAAGAGGACAAAACUAUGAAAGAACCAGCCAGAAAUAAAAGGACUGUCGUGAAUUGUCCUGUUGUAGUAGCAGGUCCAAGAAACGGAAAAAAAUUACAAAUACCAGAACACUUGAAACUCAAAACUAGAAAGAGAUCUUUCGAGAAUGAACUCAAUCAUUGUAUGGAAUUAACCAGCAAAAAGACAGAACUAGCAAAAAAAAGAAAGAAAAUUAAUCUCCAGGAGGAUAAAUCCAGAAGAGGCAUUUCUUUCAAUAGCUGCUCUGCACAAAUGAGAUCCAAGGCGAUAGUCCGUGACAUGCAAAGCAAUACAUCAGACAAAGUUGUUGAGUGUCCUAUAUCACGUACAGCACCAAACGGAUUACUACACACAGCCAGCUACACUGUUCGUGAGAAACAAAUCUUUGAUCCUAUUAAAGAGGCUUCUAGAAAGUUUUUAAUGAAUUUUAAAAAACAAAAGGCUGAAGCGAGCAUUAAGAGAGACGAAAAUAUAAUCAAAAGUAAGACAUGCAAAGUUGAGAACUUUCAGAUACAACCUUUAAUGACUGAUUCUGAUUAUUUAAAAAUUGUAGGAAUGACCAAGGCAGAACCUAAAACUGAAAAGAAUCUGUUCGACGAUAAACUUAACAAGUGUAUGGCAUCAAUCCAAAAAGACGAACAAAAAAUAAACAAAAAUAAGCUUAAUAGAAAUUUUAACAGAGAUAAUAUCGUAGUAGUGACUAGUCGAGCUUCAGAAGAAGGACCUAGUACCGAAAAUAAAUUGCAAGCCCUGGAAUCUUUCGUAUCCAAAACUAAGAAGAAAUCUUUCGAUAACAAACUUAAUCAUUGUACGGAAUCAGCAAGCAAACAUACAGAAUUACCAACAAAAAAAAAGCAAAUUAAUCUAGAGGAGUAUAGAUAUAGAAGAGGUAUUUCUUCCAAUAUUAGCUCUGCAUAA